UUGUUCCCUUUCGGUGUCUUCUCUGCGCCGUCCGCUUUAUUAUCUCUUGGGGGAAAUGAAACCAUCAAAAACUUAGGGUUGCGGUAGCUCCCAGGAUGCUUUCUCCGCCUCCGCCUCCGCCUCUGCCUCGGACGCUGCUGCCUGUGGGCUGUGGGCGUUGAAAAGUUCUCUCGCCCGCCCUGGUUCUCUCCGUCUUUCUCUUUCGAGGAAAGGAGAAAUCGAGCUGGGAUUCAUGUUCUGGGCUUCAGUUGCAGAGAUCGAGGGAUUCGAUGGGGAUCUGGUGCUGUAGGCCGAUCCCAUUUUGGCAGCCCAUCUGGCUGUAGAAAAGGCACCCCUUCUUUUGUGUUUUGCGUGGUUUUGGUUGUGAGAUUGGGGAGAGAGAGAGAGAAAGAGAGAGAGAGAGAGACGAUGGAACAGCGGAGGUUUGACAGGGCGGUGAGCUUUGGGAUAUCGGAUGCGGCGUUGGAGCGGGUGAUGGCGUACGUCGACGACCCCCGCGACCGGGAGGCCAUCUCGCUGGUGUGCAAGAAGUGGUACCGCAUCGAUGCCCUCUCGCGGAAGCACGUCACCGUCGCCAUCUGCUACUCCACCACCCCCGACCGGCUCCUCCGCAGGUUCCUCAACCUCGAGUCCCUCAAGCUCAAGGGCAAGCCCCGCGCUGCCAUGUUCAACCUGAUCCCCGAGGACUGGGGCGGCUAUGCCGGCCCUUGGAUCCGCGGCCUCGUCCACGCCCUCGACUGCCUCAAGGCCCUUCACUUCCGCCGCAUGAUCGUCUCGGACGAGGACAUUGGCGCCCUCGUUCGGGCCCGGGGCAACGUGCUCAAGUCGCUCAAGCUAGACAAGUGUUCUGGAUUCUCCACGGACGGCCUCUUGCUCAUCGCCCGUUCUUGCAAAAACAUUACGGCAUUAUUCUUGGAAGAAAGCUUAAUUGUCGAGAAUGAUGAUAGAUGGGUUCACGAGCUUGCUGUCAACAAUUCUGUGUUGGAGGCUUUGAAUUUCUACAUGACAGAGCUUAGAGUUACACCACAGGACCUCGAGCUACUUGCUAGGAACUGCAAGUCUUUGGUUUCCCUGAAGAUCAGUGAAUGUGACAUCUCAGAUCUAGUUGGUUUCUUCCGUGCAGCAACGUCACUGGAAGAGUUUGGUGGGGGCUCAUUUAAUGAUCAAGUUGGAGAGGUCAACAAGUACGACGUGAUUAAGUUUCCUCCCAGGCUUUGCUGUGUUGGGCUCAUUUUUAUGGGUACGAAUGAGAUGAACUUAUUAUUUCCAUUUGCUGCUGCGCUGAAGAAGCUCGACUUGCAAUACACGUUUCUCAGCACCGAGGAUCAUCGUCAGCUGAUCGAACGAUGUCCAAAUCUAGAGGUUCUCGAGGUAAGGGAUGUGAUUGGAGAUAGAGGAUUAGAGGUUGUUGCUCAGACGUGCAAGAGACUCCGAAGGCUAAGAAUAGAAAGGGGGGACGAUGAACACGGCCUGGAAGAUGAACAGGGUCGAGUCACACAAGUAGGGCUAUCGGCUCUAGCUCGGGGAUGCCCUGAACUAGAGUACCUGGCAGUAUAUGCCUCUGAUAUAACGAACGCAGCUUUGGAAUCUCUUGGAACUUAUAGCAAAAAUCUUUGUGAUUUCCGGCUUGUCUUGCUCGAUAGAGAAGAAAGGAUCACGGAACUACCCCUCGACAACGGGGUUCAAGCUCUCUUGAUAGGUUGCACCAAGAUUAGGAGGUUUGCCUUCUAUCUGAGGCCAGGAGGUCUAUCUGACGUUGGUCUCGGUUACAUUGGCGAGAAUAGUAGCAAUAUCAGAUGGAUGCUGUUGGGUAAUGUUGGGGACUCCGAUGCUGGAUUAAUGAUGUUUUCAAGAGGUUGCCCUCUUCUGCAGAAGCUGGAGCUUAGGAGCUGUUGUUUCAGCGAGCGUGCCUUGGCUUUGGCCGCUACGCAGCUGCCUUCUUUGAGGUACUUGUGGGUGCAGGGGUAUAGGGCAUCCCCGGGUGGUAGCGACCUUUUGGCAAUGGCCCGUCCAUUCUGGAACAUAGAAUUUAUUCCUCCAAUACAGGUUACAUGUGACACCCGCGGCGUAGAGGCCCAGGCUCAGAUACUUGCUUACUACUCCCUCGUCGGCAGAAGAACAGAUUGCCCGGAGUCUGUAAUCCCUCUAUAUCCAGCAUCAAGUGUACAUAUGUAGGAGGACUCUAUAAUCCUUUUUUGUUUUUCCUCAUUUUUGCUCUUUCUUGAGCUCCGAGCGAUCAACAUGCCUACGAUUAGCUUGUGUCAAUCUAACGAUCCAAGCAGCCUGUACUGUGAUCGGAUGUUUAAGUUGGUUUGGUGAAACGAUUUUAUUAGCCCUCUGCA